UUUUUAUGUAGUUUGCAGAUUCAUUCUUGUCAAGUCACCGACAAAAGUUCGUGAAAUGGCUAAGACAAAGGGUGAGAAAAAAAAACUGACCAUCAAUGAAGUUGUUACCCGCGAGUACACCAUCAACCUCCACAAGCGGCUUCAUGGAAUAGGUUUCAAGAAACGUGCGCCAAGAGCAAUCAAGGAAAUUCGUAGGUUCGCGGAACAGCAGAUGGGCACUCCUGAUGUUCGUGUCGACGUUUCCUUGAACAAGAAAGUAUGGUCAUGCGGCGUCAGGAGCGUCCCAUUCAGGAUUCGCGUACGCUUGUCGAGGAGGCGAAACGAAGACGAGGACUCGCCCCAUAAGCUCUACACCCAUGUGACGUAUGUGAACGUGCCCAACUUCAAGGGCCUUCAGACAGAAAACGUUGAUGCGAGCGAAGACUGA